AUGGAAGCCAUUGGAGUUUUUGGACCAAAAUUUGGAUCGAAACUCUCCUUUUGUUCUCAAACCAAUUUAUUUCCAGCAUGCAAACUCUAUCGUUUUCGGGUAACCUCAUAUCCUCGCAUUAAGGAGAGAAUUCUUUUUACCUAUUUGCUUGUGACACUUGGUCUCGCAUAUCAUUUCGAGGAUGAGAUCAUGGAGACUGUAGAAGAUGGUUUCCAAAAGAUAGACGAGAUGAUGGCGGGAGAAUAUGAUUUGUACACUGUUUCAGUCAUUUUCUAUGUUUUCAGGACAUAUGGUUACAACAUUUCUUCUGAUGUUUUUGAGAGAUUCUUGGGGGACCAUGGAGAAUUUAAGGAAUGUCUUGCAAAAAAUGCUAAGGGUAUACUAAGCUUGUAUGAAGCUGCUAAUAUGGGGACGACUACAGAUUAUAUAUUGGAUAAAGCCUUAACCUUCACAACAAGUAACUUGGAGUCGUUAAGUUGUACAUGCAAACCUAAUCUCUCAAAGCUUAUACGAAGCUCGUUGGGUCUACCACAGCAUAAAAACAUGGAGAUAUUAGUGGCAAAGGAAUUUAUCCGUUUCUACGAAAAAGAAGAAGAUAGCGACCCGACGCUACUCAAGUUUUCCAAGCUUAACUUUAAAUUCCUCCAGCUACUUUACCAUCAAGAGCUCAAAAUCCUUUCAAAAUGGUACAAGGAACAAGACUUUGAAUCUAAGUUGCCACCUUACCACAGAGACAUACUCGUGGAAUUGAACCUCCCUACGCUAGGAUACAUGGAGCCGAAACAUUCACGAGUGAGAAUUUUUCUGACCAAAAUGUACACGAUGCAAGUAAUGGUAGAUGAUACGUGUGACAGAUAUGCUACUCUUCGUGAGGUCGAAAUCCUCGCCGAUAUCAUUGAAAGGUGGGAUGUCGACGAUGCCAUGGAUGGAGUACCAGAUUAUUUGAAAUCAUUGGUUAAAUUUAUAUUUGGUACAUUCCAAGAAUUUGAAAAAGAAGUUGGGUCAGAAUUAGGAGGGCGUUACAGUGUGGAAGCUACAAUUGAAUACUUCAAGGAAUAUAUAUGGAGCAACCUUCAACUCGCAAAAUGGGCAUGUGUGGAUCACUUGCCUAGCUUUGAGGAGUACCUAUAUGUUGGUGGACUCGAGGUUGCUGUAGAUCUUACUGUGGCAUGUAUUUUGAUGGCCAUGGAGAAUAUCUGCAAGGAAGAAGCUUUUGAGUGGUUGAAAACUAGAGACAAACUCCUUAGAGACAUGUCCACAAAAGCACGAGUGCCUAAUGAUAUGUUUGGCUAUAAGGAUGACAUGAGCAGAGGAUAUCUGACUGGCUCGAUCAACUGUUAUAAGAAGCAAUAUGGAGUUACUGAAGAAGAAGCAUUCAGAAAGCUUCGUCAGUUUAUUGCAGAACUUGAUAAGGUGAUGAAUGAGGAUAUUUUGAAGCCAAUCAAUGUGCCCCGCCAGGUUCUAAAGGUAGUCAUCGACACUUUACGUGCACUAAAUGUUGGCUACGAUAAAGACGAUGGAUUUACCCAUCACGAAACACAUCUCAAGAACCAUAUAACGUCUAUUUACGUUGAUCUUUGAGGGCGUUGGUGUAUCCCACAUAUUUCUGGUUUAUUUAAGUAACUGCGUACGUACUUUAUUUGGUGUCCCGAUGGGUUGGUUUUCAAGAAAGUAUUUAAAAACCAACUUUGUACUUGUGUUUUUUUUUUUAUUGCUUUCCCUGUUUUGGCUUUAUGUUGCUUUCCCUGUUUUUUGGCUUGGUUUGAUUUUAUGUUGGUUUCUGAUGCAUGCAGUGCAUCUUGUCUUCAUCUUUGACUUUGUUUCCAUCAUAGUUGAAGCAACUUUGUUUCUCUGUUUAUAAAUGUG